AUGUACAAGGUGCAUGUUGAUGACAAAAAAUUCUGCUCACAUCUGAAAUCUGGCUCAAUUUUGACCUGGUCGGGAAACCCGCCUCUGACAGUGGGACAAAAAGUCGGCAUUGCAUUCGGAGUUAUACUAGUUAUUGCCUUGCUGAUCGUAAUAGCAGUUCUGCUGUUCAUGUACAAAAAGAAGCCCUACAGCAACGUAGCAAGGAGGAUGAAGACCAUGGCCAACGUUCUCCCUGAGAAGUGGCAUCGUAAGGAACUGGAGGACAACGAACUGUACGUCUCCAAUGAUGCUUACAUCAUGAAAUCGAAAGAGCCUCAAUAUGGAUGCAGCAAAGUGACAAACGAAUGCAAACAAACUCCAGGCUUUCAAGUUGAAGCAAGUGACGUGAAGAUUCUCGAGAACAUAGCUUCUGGGAGAUUCGCGGAUGUUAGUAAAGGAGUUUUGCAGCAGGGAGGCAAGUCAAUCGACGUGGCUGUGAAAGCCUUGAAAAAGAACAUAAUGGAUAGAGACGAUGAGAUCAUGAGGUCAAAAAUUCUGUUCAUGGCAUCUCAAGUGAAGCCACACGCCAACAUUUUGAAAUUUUACGGAGCAUUCCAAGACGAUAAUAACUAUCCUACCAUGUUGCUGGAGUUAUGCGACCUACCGCUGAAAGAUUGGCUCAGCAGUAUCAACAGCAUCUCCACGUCAGAACUGGAUAACAUGCUGAACUUUUCCAUCCAGAUUGCAGAUGGUGUCAAGCAUCUUCACGAUUCUAAAAUAAUUCACAGAAAACUAGCUGCACGUAAUGUCCUCUUGAAGGUUACUCGUCACGGUUAUGAAGCCAAGUUGAUCGGUUUCGGUCCAUCGAGAGAUGACAGCAGUGAUAGCAAUGACAGCGUGGUUCCUAUGAAAUGGUGCGCCCCUGAAACUCUGGCCACACUAGACUGCAGGAAACCAACAUACGAUGAGAAGACCGACGCCUGGUCCUACGGCAUCACCGUCUGGGAGAUUUAUACUGGAGGACAGUCGCCCUUCGAUGAGUACAGGAGUACCCAGAUAAAGGACGUGUUGAUGAAGGGAGUGAGACCGGAUUGUCCGGAAGAAUGUCCUAAGGAUAUCUACGAUCAGAUAAUGAUGAAAUGCUGGGACCCUACGCCUGGGAGACGUCCAAGCUUUAAAUCCAUCUACAACGGCCUGCUAGGAUACCGCAACGGUGCCCAAGGAAUACAACCAGGCUACUAUGGCAAGCCAACGGUUGUUGAGAACAACAUGGCUGGAUAUUACGAUGGCAAUUAA